UGUGGAAUCUUGCAGAAGUUUGAUGCUAAUGCCCGAUGAGGAAUAUCUGCUUGAAAUUUGGCCUCUAUGAAAUUAAACAAUUCACACCGACGAGUAAGAUAUGAUUAAGUUUUAAUAUAUAUAAUCUAUAUUAAAUUCCUUAAUCUCCCCUUAUUUAUUUGCUCUAUCCAACCCUCUUUGCUCCAUCUCAGAUCACGCAUUAGCUACUAUUUCCCAAAGUAUAGUUCCCUGUAAUUUUGAAGAGUACUCGAAAUGGGAAAGAACCAAAUCACCACCAAAAACACAGAGUCCCAAGGUGUAUGUGAAAAGAUUUUCAGAGCAGUGAAUAUAAGUCCAGCUUUUCGAUCAUUACGACGAAUUUCUACAGUUCAUCCACAGACACAACAUCCCAAAUCUGCUAGUACUAAUUCAGCUACAAAACCAAUAGUAGCAAGUGCUGAUCAUCACAUAAAUGACCCUGCUAAAGCCACCAAAUUCAAGCUAGUUGCUCAAAGUGGAUCCACCAUUCCUCUUGAUCAGUUAAAUGGCAAGCAAAUUCCAUUGCAAGAGAAAAAUCAGAACUUGUCUAGUGCUGCCUCUAACAUGGUACGUGUAGAAUAUAAUCACAGGGCAGGAGAAAGUGCCACACCCAAGUUUAAACCUGAAUCUCUGAAACCUGUGAACAAGCUCCAUCAGCAGAAUCAAGAUCCUUAUAAAGGCACGAAAGUUGAACCUCAUGUGAACAAGUCCCCUGUAAAGAACAUGUUCACUACAGUUCGUUAUCAGAUAAAUGAAGGACCUAAAGAUGAUAGUAAUGAAAGAUUUUCUAAUUAUAUCGAUCACGUGAAAAACAAGAUGAUAAAUACGUCUAGUUUUGAUGAUGAUCAUAAAGUCUCUCACUAUGUUGGCCGCUCCAAGUUCAAGACCUGAACUACAACUAUUGCUGGUGGGAACAAAGGAGCUGCUUGAAGAAUCUUUGCAGAGUUAUGUGUAUGAUUGUUUAUCCUUUAAAUAAGAGAAAUUUGUUGGGUGCUAUAUAUAUGAUUUUAUAUAUAGGUUCGUAUAUGUAUUAGAAAGAUUGAAUCUUGGAUAAAGGAAAGAAGCUUUUAAGGGUUUGUGUAUAAUAAUGACUUUCUGCUAAUUUAUGAGACAUAUAUACUUUAUCA